AUGAGCAGCUACCCGACGGAUCCUUCGCCCAUGUUGCCGCAGUCGGCGCUGACGCAGGCCGCCGCCGCCGCUGCUGCUGCAAUGCCCUUCGGCUUGGGCGGUGGUGAUGCUCCAGACGCCAACGGAUUUCCCGUACAGCAGCUUCCUCUGUCUCCGAACCUCAUGCGCAAUCUGGGUGAUCGCUCGUACGACAAACGCAAAGGAGCUGCCAUGGAGCUCGAGAACCUCAUCAAACAGCUGCAGGAGAACGCCGCGUCAAUCGAAUUCCACCAGCAUCACCAGCUGCAGCUCAAUCAGGACUCGCCGAGCUCGCGACUCAACGCUUCCACCUCUGGCACGGAGAGUGAGAGUGUCGACGGUGUUAGCAACUCACACUUGACAGCCAGCAACCCCAGUCGCCAACGCAUCCCGGCAAUUAUCGAGCUCUUAGGCAACGACUUUGCCUGCUCCUCCAAUGCGAACCACCGGAAAGGCGGCCUCAUUGGCCUAGCAGCUACUGCGAUUGGGCUAAUGCACGACGCGCACAUGUAUCUGGACAAACUACUGCCCCCAGUGUUGCAUUGCUUCGACGACCCAGAGAGCCGUGUCCGCUACUACGCGUGCGAGAGUCUGUACAACAUCGCGAAGGUGGCUAGAGGCCACAUCCUGCAGUACUUUAACCAGAUCUUUGACGGUCUGUGCAAACUGUUCGCAGAUGUGGAUGUGGACGUGAAGAACGGAGCCAAUUUACUGGAUCGACUGGUCAAAGACAUUGUGACCGAGAGCGAGUACUUCGACGUGGACAUGUUCAUCCCGUUACUUCACAAGUACAUCAGGAUGACCAACCCAUACAUUCGCCAGCUCUUGGUGGGCUGGAUCACCGUGUUGGACUCGGUCCCAGACAUCGACAUGUUGGAUUGGCUACCAGAGUUUCUGGACGGUCUCUUCAACAUGUUGAGUGACGGGAACAGGGAGAUCCGCCAGGCGGCAGAUAGUGCGCUGGCCGAGUUUCUGCGGGAGAUCAAGCAGACAGAGGACGUCGAGUUCGGACGCAUGGUGGACAUCCUGGUGGGCCAAUGCAACAGCAAGGAGAGAUUCAAUCGCCUCACUGCGGUGAGCUGGGUGCAGGAGUUCGUGAACUUGGGACGGGAGAAGCUCGUGGAGUUCUACGCCGACUUGUUGGCGGCGAUUAUGCACUGUAUCUCCGACGCGGAGCAUGAAAUUCGACAGGUGGCGGAGCGAGCGAACGACGACUUGUUACAGCUAGUGAAAUCCACGACAGAAGACGUGGAACUGCUGCCGUUGAUGCAGAAACUCACUACGGAGCUGGGUAGCGACCACGUGCCUACCCGCAUGGCAGCUUUGCGUUGGAUCUCGAUGCUGCUGGAGAAAUACCCGAACCAGUUGUCUGCACAUAUCGGUCAGUUGCUACCAGCGUUGCUUCGAACUCUAUCGGAUAUCUCCGACAGCGUCGUGCUGCUGGAUUUGGAGGUUCUGGCUCGUAUUUCGCUCAACAAAGUCGAGUUCGAGAAGGUGCUGAACGCCAUCCUGCUGCUAUUCGCACAAGACCGACGCUUACUCGAGAUGCGCGGCAGUAUGAUCGUACGGAAGCUCUGCGUGCUCUUGGACGCCAAGAGCAUUUACCUCAUCUUUGCCAAGGUGUUGGGCACUGAAGCCGUGUAUCUGGACAGCCAAGCAGACAGUGAGUUCGCUGCUGUGAUGGUGCAGACACUGAACCUCAUUCUACUGACAGCGAACGAGCUGGAACAUCUGCGCGAUAUCUUACGUCGCAGCUUCCAGACUCGUGCUUCGGAGGACGAUGUCGAGGUGUUCACGGCUCUGUUCCGUUCCUGGUGCCACAACCCCAUCGCAGCCUUCAGCCUCUGCCUGCUGGCGCAGUCCUACUCGCUGUCUGCAGCGCUUAUCAGUAGAUUCGCAGAUAUCGACGCGUCUGUGGGCUUUCUCAUGCAGAUCGACAAGCUCGUGCAGCUGUUGGAAUCGCCCAUCUUCAUUCACAUGCGUCUACAGCUCUUAGAGAUCCAGGAAGACUAUCACACGGACCUCGUCAAAAGCCUCUAUGGACUCUUGAUGCUGCUGCCGCAAAGUGCUGCGUUUCGAGUGCUACGCGACCGACUCGCAAGUGUCACCAGCAUGGCGACGGCGAUUGGUCGAAUCGAUCUGAGUGGCGAUUCCCGUCGACUGCGUACGAUUGGAGACGCCCCAACCAGCACGUCAAGUAACGACGCGUCUCUGUCGGACGCUCCACGUAUCGACGCAGAUGCGCUACUCGCGCAUUUCGAGAACGUCCAGGCGAAACACACGGAGCUGAGAAGGAAAGGAAUGUACGAGAAAGCGCUCGCCAAAGAACAGACCACGGCCAACGUGUGAAGAAGAAGAAGGAUUAGUAUAGGGCGUACACGAGAGAGCAUUACGAAUUUGUAGACAUUCCCUUUUUUUAACGUUGUGAUGUCUAAAAGUCAAGAGAUCACUCGCUCUU